AUGGAGCCAUCACAAGCUGUUGAUCAAUCUCCUUACGCUCGUCCUAGCUUCAAGGACAUGGAGGGUAAACCGAAACAUUCGAUUAAAACAGCGGAGGAGGACUCUAUUCAAAUAGUCAACUCGGACGCCCCAUUACACACCUGGGGUGCCCUUGGUAUGAAUUUUACUAUCACCGCCGCCCCAAUCUCUAUCGGCUCCUUUCUUGCCUUAGCCAUCGGGCUUGUUGAGCCGUCCUUUUUCUUCUAUGGUUUUCUGUUCACUGGACUAGGACAGCUUAUCCUUUGUCUAGCUGCCGCAGAGAUUGCCUCGUCAAGGCCACAUCCAGUAGGACCACAGAAGUACAACCGUUUGCGGGCUACAUUCUUGAUUCUUAUGGCAGUUGUAGAAGUGUCAAUACAUCAAUAUUCUUCUCAUUCAAAGCCCUGGCACCACUUCUUGGUCUACGUGGGGGUUUGCAUCAAUGCCCUGGUGGUGAAUCUUCCCAAGGUGAUGGACUGGUCUCUAUCCGCCUCGCUAGUCUUCAUUAACGGCGCCACGCUUUUCGUUCUGAUCACACUGCCAGUCCGCGCCAAUCCCAAACAGAGCGCGACUGCUGUAUUUGUGAGCGUCGCGAACAAUUCAGGCUGGGGCUCCGCUGCGGUAGUUUUCUUUCUGAACGUGUUGCCUGGACUAGCCUCCUUGGGCACCUGCGACGCAGCAACGCAUAUGUCAGAGGAGCUGGAGCUGCCGACUCGCGAUGUGCCCUGGGUAAUGGUUAGGUCCGCACUGCUGAGCUAUCUAGUGGCCAUUCCAACCAUGACCAUUUUCCUCUUUUGCAUUGUCAAUCCGGAGGCUAUGUUCUCUCCAGUUGGGGGCCAACCAUUGAUCCAGUUGGUAUCCGACGGUCACGCAUCUAGAAUGCUUACUGCAAUACCCAGCGCCUUAAUCGUGGUAGGCUUCGCAAUCGGCAGCUGGGAGGCCUUGAUCAGCUGGAGUCGGCUGUAUUGGUCGUUCUCACGGACCAACGGCUUCCCAUUUUCCAAUUUCACUGAAAGAACAACGGACGGAGUCCCUGUCAACGCACUGAUCCUAGGCACUGCUCUGACCAUCGUAAUUGGAGCCAUUCAACUUGGAUCAACUACCGCUCUAAACGCCGUCCUGGGAGGGGCUAGUCUGUGCUCUGGCUUUUCUUGGAUAAUCGUACUCAGCUUUCGUGUGUGGCGGGGCAACGACGCCCUUGAUCCACAGCGCUGGCUUAACCUGGGGAAGUGGGGUCGUUCGUUGUCUGGAUUUGCAAUUCUCUGGAAUAUGUGGAUGAUUACUUGGGCGUCAUUUCCACUCUUGCUUCCUGUGACCCUGUCCUCUAUGAAUUGGUCUUCAUUGGUGACGGUCGGUGUUGUCGUGAUCAGUUUUGUUUACUAUAUUCUGUUUUACCGAUACAGGAGUGAUGAGAUGGAGUAG